CAGGAGCGGAAGCGGAAGUGGCGGCAGAGCCGGCCUGGCCUGGCCUGGCUGAGGGGAGGCGGCUGGCUGGCGCGAUGGCGGAGGCCGGGCCACAGGUACCGCCGCCUCCGGGCACUCCAAGCCGGCACGAGAAGAGCUUGGGACUUCUCACCACCAAGUUUGUGUCACUUCUACAGGAAGCCAAGGACGGCGUGCUUGACCUUAAGCUGGCAGCUGACACCCUAGCUGUGCGCCAGAAGCGGCGGAUUUAUGACAUAACCAACGUACUGGAAGGUAUUGGGCUGAUCGAGAAGAAAUCCAAGAAUAGCAUCCAGUGGAAGGGUGUAGGACCUGGCUGCAAUACCCGAGAGAUUGCGGACAAGCUGAUUGAGCUCAAGGCAGAGAUCGAGGAGCUGCAGCAGCGGGAGCGAGAAUUGGAUCAGCACAAGUUGUGGGUGCAGCAGAGCAUCCGGAAUGUCACAGAGGACGUGCAGAACAGCUGCUUGGCCUACGUGACUCAUGAGGACAUCUGCAGAUGCUUUGCUGGAGAUACCCUCCUGGCCAUCCGGGCCCCAUCAGGCACCAGCCUGGAAGUACCCAUUCCAGAGGGCCUCAAUGGGCAGAAAAAGUACCAGAUUCACUUGAAGAGUAUGAGUGGUCCUAUUGAGGUACUGCUGGUGAAUAAGGAGGCGUGGAGCUCACCACCUGUGGCAGUGCCUGUUCCACCACCUGAAGAUCUGCUUCAGAACCCACCUGCUGUGUGUACCCCUCCGCCUAUGUCCAAGCCUGCCUUGGCCCACCCCCAGGAUGCCUCACGCCCAAGCAGUCCCCAAGCAACCACCUCUACCCCCGUCCCUGGCAGCACUGAGGUCCAGGGCUUGGCUGGUCCAGCAGCUGAAAUCAUAGUGAGUAACAGCCCUGGAACCGAAAGCAAGGACAGUGGUGAGCUCAGCUCACUCUCACUGGGCCCGACAGCGCUGGACACCCGGCCACUGCAGUCCUCUGCCCUGCUAGACAGUAGCAGCAGCAGCAGCAGCAGUAGUAAUAGCAGUUCAUCUGGACCCAACCCUUCUACCUCCUUUGACCCCAUCAAGACAGACCCCACUGGUGUUCUGGAACUCCCCAAAGAGCUGUCAGAAAUCUUCGAUCCCACGCGAGAAUGCAUGAGUUCGGAGCUGUUAGAGGAGCUGAUGUCCUCAGAAGUGUUUGCCCCUCUCCUCCGCCUAUCUCCACCCCCUGGAGACCACGAUUACAUCUACAACCUGGACGAGAGUGAAGGUGUCUGUGACCUCUUUGAUGUGCCUGUUCUCAACCUCUGACAGGGACAUGCCCUGCAUGGCUGGAACAUGGACUGUCAGACCUGGGGGCUGCCUGGGAACCUCCCCCACCCAUCCUUACAGAGCUUAAGAGUCACAGACUCCUGGCUCCCCCAGCCUUCCCUCACUGCACAAUUUUGGCUACAACUCCCACUCCUGCAAUUGCACCUGUCCUGUGCUGGGAGGGCCGGGGACGGGCUCAACCCCCUCCAACCUGGCACCAAAGUGUUUGUCUCUCAUUUCUGGGGACUUUCCUCACCCUGUGCCCUUUGUGAGCCCCCCAGAGCUCAGGCUCACCUGCCACCCAGUGGCAGAGAACCAAGAAGAUGCUGUCAAUGGCAAUGGGGCAUAUUGUCCAGCCCCAUUGCCCUUCCUGCUGGCCUUUCUCCCUCCCAGGAGGGAACUGGGGGGGAGGGGGAGCUCCUUCACUCCUCACCACUCACUGACCCCACAGCUCCUCCUGGACCUCUCAUGAAUCCCCUCCUGUGGGGAUUUUAGCCCUGAGAACCUGUGUGUGGGGGGUGCUAACAGGAAGGAAUAGAGAGGUCCUAGGUGAGUCCCUGAGGAUCCACCCAACCUCCUUCUGCCCCAUUGUCUCCCCCUUUUCCCCUCCCCCAUUUAUUAAAUUCUCUCAUUUAGAGCCAUUUGCAGAGAUUUUAGAAAGAUUUGCAGUAACAAAUGGAUUCCUAUAUAAAGAUUAUUUUUAUACUUUUUGCAGCAAAAGGAAAUUGUAAUAUUUGUACAGUGUCCAAGUGAAUAAAGACCCGUGCCUAAGGCUA